GAGGCGGGUCCAGCCUGGGGGCAGGGCCACCGCGCUGUUAAAGGCCGCUUCCUCCCCGCUGCGCUGCUCCAGCUGUCGCGCCGGUGCCCGCGCCGUGAUGACUUCGUCUCCACUCCUGCCGUUCCUGCCGGUGCUGCUGCUGCUGCUACUCCAGAUCCCUGCGGCCGCACACGCGUCCCCGCUGGAUACACCCCGCGAGGGGACAGCCCCCUGCAAGGUCGGUGACCUGUGUCCAAAGGUGCCCCUCGGGAAGUCCAACGCACCACUUGUCAAUGUGAGCCUCUACUAUGAGUCGCUGUGCCCUGGUUGCCGGGGUUUCCUUGUUCGAGAGCUCUUCCCGACAUGGCUGAUGGUCUUUGAGAUCCUCAAUGUCACACUGGUGCCCUAUGGAAAUGCCAAGGAACAGAAUGUCAGUGGCAAGUGGGAGUUCACGUGCCAGCACGGGGAGGAGGAGUGCAAAUUUAACAAGGUGGAGGCCUGCCUGUUGGACCAACUGGAGAAGAAUGCGGCCUUCCUGACCAUUGUCUGCUUAGAGGAAUUGGAUGACAUGGAGGACAAUCUGAAGCCAUGCCUGCAGCUCUAUGCCCCCAAAGUGUCCCCUGACACCAUCAUGGACUGCGCAAUGGGGGACCGUGGCAUGCAGCUCUUGCACAUGAAUGCCCAGCUUACGGAUGCUCUGCAGCCACCCCAUGAGUAUGUGCCUUGGGUCGUCGUCAAUGGGAAACCCUUGGAAGAUAUGACCCAGCUCCUAACCCUCGUGUGCCAGUUGUACGAGGGUAAAAAGCCAGAUGUCUGCCCACUCAUGGCCAGCUCCCACAGGGAAGUCUGCCUCAAGUGACAGCCAUUGCCCUUGGAAGGAGCUGAUGGAGGAAGAUCGAGCCUCCACCUGCCCCCCGUUUUUCUGAUCCCAGCUCAGCAGCUAUGGUUUAUCGUCUGAAUAACUUACACAUUCUGUGAAGCCCCAUUAACAUUUUGCCCCAAGAUCAAGAAUCUUGCCCUACUGACAAUGGUGCUAUGUUGAAACUAGUUUAAUAAACCCUUCUGGAUGUUG